UUGUACUGUUAAUAUCAUAAACUUACUAUAUGUGCUGACAGAUUGUGGUGCCUCCAUAUUGCAUACAGUUCUUCUCAACUCAGUGCAAGUCGCAGACGCCUGACCUUAUGGCUGUGCAAUUGUUUAACAGUCAAAAGUACACAGUGCUGCAUUGCAGUCUGACAUCCCACCCACCAUCGGCAGUGCUCUUACUCUAUCUUGGAAGUAAUUACUUGUUAUAUUCCUUUCUGCGUGUUAUUGCAUCUCUCGCUGCUGCGUUUCUUUUACCAUCUGUCACUUUGAGAUCUGCCCUGGGUUCUGUACUCUUUGCUAUUCCCUCUGUCCCUCGCACCCCUCUCCUAUCCGACUCUCUUACUGAUGCUGUUCCUUGUCAGGAGCCGGUCCCAAUAACAGGAGGUACCAGCUCUGGUUCAUAAUGUAGCAAGCCUAGGAGGAUUGUUGGCGUAAGAAGGAAUUCUGCACAAGUCUCUUGCUUUCUCUGGCUUCCAAUAAAAGAGUCUGCUAGUCUAAUGAUACAAUACGCAGAAAGCAUCAUUCCCUGAAGAUUAACCGAGCAAAACUGGGGGUCUUUGCGAGCAAACUCUCUGGGAAUGAGAAAGUGAUUAUAUGCUGAGAGCGCGGAAUAGACAAUGAUGGAAAAUCAGUGAUGGCACAGCAGCUAUCCUAGAUGCAUAAUCUCUCCCUGCUGCCUGAGCUAGCGUUACACCUUCUCUGCAGUCCCGUCUUCCAGGGAUUUCAUUUAUUGCCUUUGUAUCAUCUCUGUGCUCUUUAUCAAGCCGGCUAAAGCAGAUUUCUAUGUAUCAAAGCCUUCUCGUCCUUCCAGUUUCACAGGAUUUGUGCUGAUCAUGUGCUUGGCAGCUCACAUCUUCAGCGUCUACAUUUGCUAUUGCAGCUCACUCCAAGGGUCUUGGCUCCUUUUUAAUAAAAAGCAUUCUGAUCCUACAGCAGAAAGACGAAGCCAGGUGCAAAUUUAACUCCCAACGAUCACAAUUUUAUUUGGGUCUCAUAAGAAGUUCUGUAUGGGGUGUUAUUGUGUCCUGAGCACCUACACCAUCUAACUGACCAUCUGUAUCAUAUCAGACUGGACUUGCAGAAGACUUUCUACAGCAUUCUAGAGGAAAGGGCAUGCCUCCCUUUAAAUUGAUCUAAAACUAAACCUACAAGAGGACGCACAAAUCGAAGGUCUUCCUUGGUCUUUGCAUUAUUGAUGACUCCAUCUACAGAGUUUCUUCCACGGAAAUUUGAAGGACUUUACCUAAUCAAACCUAGUUAGGGUUGGAUGAACAAUUAAGCCAACAUAAACUGCCAGCAUUGGACAUCUCUGUCCUUUUUACACCAUAUUCCCUUCCAUCAUUUAUUACUUGUUCCAUGUUUUCUUUCAUAUUGUGUUAAGGAUGGCUUCUUUAUUAUCCCUUAUAGACCCCAACCAACUGAUAGGAGACAUGUUCUAGUCUCCAUCCAAUAUCAAGCAUCUCUUACUCUGAAUAUUGUGUUCCUAAGAAGGACUAAAGCGUUUGUGUUAAAAAGAUAUAAAGAUAUCUCUUCACUUUAAUGAGAUACAAGAAGUGUUACUAGUGGGACUUUUCUCGAUGGAAAUUAAUGUGUAUAGGACUUUCUAUUGAAUUUACAGUAGCCAUAUCAUUUGUACAGAUGAUUCAUUUGUAAGAACAUUAUUAUGGUUGGGCUUGGAGAUUUUUAUUAGAAUCUUUGAGACCUUGAAUAUACAGUAGAGCUGCCUUUGCCAGAAACGAUAGUCCUGUACAUAGUGAUGUUCCAUUGAUAGUCACUGCAGCUUUACUUAUUCUACCCAGCUCCCUUACCUACCCCAGCAUGCAUCUGGCUAGAGGAUGUCUUGCUGGGAAAACAAUUGUUUAUUUGCUGAUUUUCCUUAUUACGCUGAUGAGAAAUCUGAAACGUGGAACCUGGCAAACAGGAACUCUGUGAUUAGGGACUGGAAUAUGUCACAGUGGAAGACUUGGCAUGGAGUGAAAGUUGUUCUUGGCACUUGAGUCGGAGACCCCCCUCUGAGAAGCAAAUCCCUGUAACUUCUAGAGGCAAAUUAAUAGGGGUUUUAAAUAUUCAGUUUCUUGUAGAUGUGGAAGUGAAAAGCUUGAUUUACUGAAUCAUAAUAAGGGGUAUUAAGAUAUCAUUUGGUGGUUAAUGGUAGAGUUUCCUCUGGCACCGUUUUCCUUCUCGUUUGUGUAACUCGAUUCUUUCCCAUUUUGAAAAUGUUGGCCAAUUCAAUAUGACUCAAUAGGCACAGUGUUACAAUAGCUCUUUAUUGCAGCUCUUGCAAAACAUUUUUUUAAAUGUUAAGGACCUUUGUAUUAGGGGGUCUUCUCUACUGAUUCAAGGUUAUUUCUCUAGGUAUUUUACAUUUUAAACUCUACACAUUUUCAAUUCAUUUGCAUUUUUCCUAAAGGCUUCUGGGAAAUAGGUAGUAUUAGUUGUCUGAUGCCAAAGAAGGUCAUAAAUUCCAUCUAUGUAGACCAUAAUCCCUUGCAUCAGUAUUACACCUUACCAUGCCGAAACAAGAUAUCUGUGGUACCACUUUGACCUUCUGAUUUUGGUUUAGAUAAUGAUAUAAUCAUAAAAAAGUAGACUUGUAAACACAAAGAUAAGAUAUUGAGUUUAGUGGUGUGCUUACCAUACCCUGUACUGGCUUUCCAAGUGGGGGGCCCAUUUUAGCUUAGUAGGAAAAUGUAUCUCAACUGUGGCAGCACAUUUAGUUAGUUGGAGAUUUUGUGUAAUUAGUUUGACUAAUUGAAAUAAUUUUUUUUCAAACAUUAUAUACUGGUGUAAAUUGGCAUCUUGAAACUUCUAUGGAAACCACUAGAGAAUGAGCCGCAGGCUAUGUUAAGCUUGCUUCUCUGAUUAGUGUAGGUUUGUGGCCAUCAGACAUCAGAAGGGAAAUGUUGGAGAUCAAAACCCAUUAAUGAUUUCAGUUUACGCUUUCCAAGUACCAUUAGAUGCUGCCCGGGCUUUUAUUUUCAUGUUCAUUUUCCAUAUUUCAUGUGACAUGUUGAAUUCAAGGCAAUCUCUGACCUGAUUGCCUAGGACAUUUUUCUUUCAUAGUUUUUAUUGCAUAACAAUCACAGUUGCCUUCAAAUGAGGGUCCCCAUCAUGAUUAGGAAUUAAGAUAAACGUUAAGCGCAUUAUUUUAACUUAACUGUACCUGCAAUUGCAAAUACUGAACUCCACUAUCAGGCAGAGGAUUAGGCAAAGUGGUGCACAUCUAGAGCAAGGCCAAUCGUGUAUCUACCAAAAAACUAAGCUUUGCCUGCACAGAAUGCAAACAUCCAGUAGUGACGACCCGAGCUACAGCCAGAGCUCUCCUCCACGGGGCCGGCAAUCUCGGUGGAAGGGUGUUUACAGCGGGAGAUGGGGAGUUGGAGGCAGUUCCUCUUUUACUGGGACUCAGGCGAAUCCAGAAGAAUUGCCAGAUGGGGAAACCAGAAAGGAGAACAGAGUUAUUGUCCUCUACCUGGAUCUAUCAUUUCUUUUUCUUCUAGAGCUAAAGAAGAUGAGUAUGACAAGAGGUUGCCUGCUCUGCAUCAAGAUCACCAUGUUCAUCUUCAAUCUCAUCUUCUGGCUUGGAGGAUGUGGCAUCCUUGGGGUUGGCGUGUGGUUGGCUGUCACCCAAGGGAAGUUUGCCACGCUCUCUGUCUCUUUCCCGUCAUUAUCAGCAGCAAGUCUCUUCAUGGUGACUGGCUCCAUCAUCAUGGUGGUGGGCUUCAUUGGUUGCCUGGGUGCCGUGACUGAGCACCGAUGCCUUCUGCUUACGUUCUUUGUGAUUCUUCUUAUUAUAUUCCUACUUGAGAUGGUCAGCAUGGCACUCUUCUUUACUUACACGGAGCAGUUCCAUAAUUACGCGCAGGACGAUCUGAAAAAAGGUCUUCAGUUGUAUAAUACAACAGGAAAUCUGGGCUUGACCAACGCCUGGGACAUUGUGCAGACGGAGUUCCGAUGCUGCGGAGUAAAAAAUGCCUCGGAUUGGCUGGAAUCAAAAGACAGUGUGCCUCAUACUUGCUGUGCUGAGCACAGUCCUGCCUGCAAGUCCAAUCCAAGCCUGUGGUGGCAUGAUGCAUGCUAUAACAAAGUGAGGAAAUGGGUUGAGACCAAUAUCCGGUCUGUGGGGAUAUUUGGCAUCUGCAUCCUUGUUGUACAGGUCUUUGGGCUGAUCUUUUCCAUGCUGAUGUACUGCCAGGUUGUCAAAGCGGAAAAGUAUUAUGAAUAACCCACCAGAGGCUGAAGGAUUAUUGAAGGCAGCGCUUUCCCGCAUUGAUGCAAGUACCACGCACUGGGAUGUGCCUAUAUAUAAACAAGACUGCAAAACUCAUAAUACCGUCUCCUGGACCAGCACCUGAUCAGAUAUCUUUUAAUGGAGCCUUCUUCUGCCAGCAUUGCCAAAAACUAUAUUUUAUCCUCCAGGAGCUAAAACAUGGCUACCAGAUACAGGUCUUUAUAACCAAAGCCUGGCUUGUAUAUACAUUGUCUUUCUUAUUGACGAGGAGCGAAGGUGUUUAUUAUAAGAGAUGAAGUCAUGAAAUGAACUUGGAACUCUUGGUGUAUGAUGAUACACAUGGAAUGCUAUGCAUGACACCACAAGUCUACAAAGGAGAAAUAAAACUCAGCCCAGUAAUUAUCCCUGAGAUCCCACCAUUGGCAGGUAUCUUGAGGCCAGUGGCACCUAUUCAGUGUCCUUGGAAUAAGGCAAGAAAAGUCACAUGGCAAUGGGCUGACAUCGCCCAAAAGAAAAUCCUUGGAUUUCCAUGAUGGUUAGCCUGAUAAAACAUAUUGGCGUCAUAACAUGUAAAAGGACCAUUAACACCAUGAAAUGAAAAUGCCUUAAAUGUCUGCAUUAUGUAUUGAACGCAGUGUUAUUUUUAUAGAAAAAUAACUAGUAUUUCCCUUUUCAGGGGAAGUUCAUAAAUAUAUAUUAUAGCUUCCUUUAAAUGUAAAGGACUGGGUGGAGCUUUAUUAAGACAACAGGUGAAAGAUGUCUGAACACAGCAAGCACACUGGAAAGGGAUGAUUUCAACU